CUUCAAAUUUUGAAUUCUCUCCUCCCCAUUUUCCCAUUUCGCGAGAAUUUUCAGCUUGCUGAAAUACCUAGCUCUCUGUUCUUGGAUUCAAUCUACAUUUCGUGGUGUUGAUUGGGUUUUCUUCGUGAAUCAUUUUCUGGAUUGGAUCCGUAAUCUGGGUUUCUGGGUUUGGAAUCGCCGGAGAUGGAGAGCACAGAGUGCGUCCGAGUUGCAGUCAAUAUCCGUCCGUUGAUUACGCCGGAGCUUCUUAACGGAUGCACAGAUUGCAUCACCGUUGCUCCCAAGGAGCCACAGGUUCACAUAGGUUCACAUAGUUUUACAUACGAUUUCGUAUUUGGAAAUGCUGGGUACCCGUGUUUGGAGAUCUACGAUCAUUGUGUUGCUCCACUUGUGGAAGCACUAUUUAAGGGAUAUAAUGCUACAGUUCUAGCCUACGGCCAGACUGGUUCAGGUAAAACAUACACUAUGGGUACUAAUUACACUGGAGAUGGAACAAAUGGUGGUAUCAUACCAAAAGUGAUGGAAGAUAUAUUUAGAAGAGUGGAGACUACCAAAGAUUCCACCGAACUAUUGAUACGGGUAUCUUUUAUUGAGAUAUUCAAGGAAGAAGUUUUCGAUUUGCUUGACUCAAAUUCGUCGGCCCUCCAAAAAAAUGAUGGUGGGGUUCAGGCCAAGCACGUUGCCCUCUCAAGAGCUCCAAUUCAAAUCAGAGAAACUACUAGUGGAGGGAUAACUUUGGCUGGCGUUACAGAGGCAGAAGUGAAGACGAAAGAGGAGAUGUGCUCUUAUCUAUCACGAGGCUCUUUAUCUCGUGCUACUGCCAGCACAAACAUGAAUAGCCAAUCAAGUCGGUCUCACGCAAUCUUCACAAUCACUCUAGAACAAAAGAGUGAAGAAGCUAGUGAAGAUAUCCUGUGUGCAAAACUACAUUUGGUAGACCUAGCUGGCUCAGAACGAGCAAAACGAACAGGAGCCGAUGGGAUGCGUUUCAAAGAAGGAGUCCAUAUCAACAAAGGUUUACUAGCUCUGGGAAAUGUAAUCAGUGCAUUAGGAGAUGAGAGAAAGAGAAAGGAAGGAGGUCAUGUUCCUUACAGAGACAGCAAAUUAACUCGCCUGCUCCAGGAUUCCCUUGGUGGCAAUAGUAAAACAGUGAUGAUCGCUUGCGUAAGUCCAGCUGAUACAAAUGCUGAGGAGACACUGAAUACACUGAAGUAUGCAAAUCGUGCUCGCAAUAUUCAAAACAAAGCAGUGAUCAAUCGAGACCCAGCAGCGGCACUAAUGCAAAGUAUGCGGAGUCAAAUUGAGCAGCUGCAGACAGAACUCAGGUUCUAUCGGGGAGACAGUGGCGCUUUUGAUGAGCUCCAGAUUCUCAAGCAUAAAAUAUCACUGCUUGAGGCAAGCAAUCGUGAGCUACAAAAUGAACUUCAAGAACGGAGAGUUGCAUGUGAGCAUUUCUCAAAGCGUGCUUACGAUGCUCAGGUUGAAAAGGACAAACUAAUUUUGACAAUUGAAUCUGUUCGAAAUGGUAAAUCUUUGGAUGAGAUUGAAUCCUGCCAAAAUGAGGAUGUUGGUUUGGUCAACAAGUACGUUUCAAAAAUCCAAGAGCUGGAAGGAGAGCUGUUGCAUAUCAAAAGCUUAAAGAAAUCCAGUAAUUGCCAAUACUCUGAGUCUACUGAUUCCUAUGACGAUGGGCCUCGUUCGAGUAAUGUUUUGUUCCCCUCAUCUAAUGAGUCGUCAGAUUGUGAAGAGAAAGUAAUGGAUGUCACUGAUGAGAUUGAAUUUCAAGAAAAAGAGCUUGAACAUUGCUCACUUCAAGAAAAGUUGGACAUGGAGCUGAAGGAAUUGGAUAAGCGACUUGAAGAAAAGGAGGCUGAAAUGAAGCGUUAUUCAAGUGGUGGUACAUCUGUUCUCAAGCAACAUUAUGAGAAAAAGGUUCAUGAACUAGAACAGGAAAAAAGAGCAUUGCAGAGAGAAAUUGAAGGUUUGAGACAGAACCUUGCUAGCAUACCAUCUGCCCCAGGCGAUGGUGCCCAAAAACUAAAGGAAGAGUAUCUUCAGAAACUGAACACGCUUGAAACCCAGGUUUCUGAGUUGAAAAAGAAACAAGAUCAACAAGCUCAACUCUUGAGGCAAAAGCAGAAAAGUGAUGAUGCGGCAAGAAAACUGCAAGAUGAAAUACACAGAAUUAAGUCCCAGAAGGUGCAAUUGCAGCAAAAGAUAAAGCAAGAGUCAGAGCAGUUCAGGGCUUGGAAGGCUUCGAGAGAGAAAGAAGUCAUGCAGCUCAAAAAAGAGGGAAGGAGAAAUGAGUAUGAGAUGCACAAACUCAUGGCUUUGAAUCAAAAACAGAAGCUGGUUUUGCAAAGAAAGACAGAAGAGGCAUCUCAGGCGACAAAAAGACUUAAAGAUCUUUUAGAAACUCGAAAAGCGUCUUCACGCGAGACAUUGAGUGGGGCAAGUGUUAAUGGUCCAGGAACUCAGGCAUUGAUGCAAGCAAUUGAGCAUGAGAUUGAAGUCACCGUUCGGGUUCAUGAAGUGCGUUCUGAAUACGAGAGGCAAAUAGAAGAGAGAGCAAGAAUGGCUCAGGAAGUUGCUAGGCUAAGGGAAGAGAACGAGUUACUCAAGAAUGCCAAGAUAAGCGUUGAUAGUGAUACCAUGUCUCCGGGUGCAAGAAACUCAAGGAUCUUUGCUCUUGAGAAUAUGCUUGCGACCUCUUCAAACACUCUCGUUUCCAUGGCAUCACAGUUAUCUGAAGCAGAGGAACGUGAGCGUGUGUUUGGUGGAAGAGGAAGGUGGAACCAAGUUCGAACAUUAGGUGACGCGAAGAGCAUCAUGAACUAUCUCUUCAAUCUGGCAUCAACUGCGAGAUGUCUAGCUCGAGAUAAAGAGGCAGACUGCAGAGAAAAGGAUGUCCUUAUAAGAGACCUGAAAGAAAAAAUAGUAAAGUUUAGUAGUUUCGUUCGAGUCUUGGAAAUCCAAAAAGCAGACCUCGCUCACCAGGUCAAGGCACAGGCCUCUGCAUUGGAGAAAUGGUCUGCAGAGGAGAAGAACUCGGGUAUAAUAAUUCUUGACGACUUGGAUAAGCAGGAAGCCCGGAGCUCGGUUAUAGUUAUUGAGGACAUGGAUACGUCUGAUUCUGAAGAAGAGUCGGACCAUGAACGGGAAGGUCGAGAUCUUGAUGAUGAAUGGAGACCUGAACAAGAAUCAGAGCGUGACUCGGAACAGGAAUCUGUUAGAAAGCUCAAUAAGAAACGGAACUUCAAAGUGGGCAGACGGCGCUCUAGCGUGGUGCCAAGGCGUUCAUAUGAAGAGAACUCGGAUGCUUCUGCAGUGAGAUCCACAUCAUCAUCUGAUGUGUGUUGCAGUUGCAGUAGAAACUCUUCUUGCAAGACGAUGAAGUGUCAAUGCCGAGCUAGAAAGGGAUCUUGUGGUGCAUCAUGCGGAUGUUCUUCAGUGAGAUGUUCCAACAGAAACGCAGACUCAGAUUCAGAGGCCUUUGAGGACAGUGAGAAGGACAAAGAACAACAACAAGUCCUUGCUUCACGUGGAGCAAUGCUGCUGCAAAACGCACUUGCUGACAAGCCAGUGGAGGAAACUAAUGAUGAUGAAGGAACCAGGAAGAAAAGAAAACCUCUAUCAGACAUCGGAAACACAACGGGUAAAUCGAAUGUGCCAAAGCCAAGCCAAAGAAAGAAAUGGAAGAAGCCUGUGCUUCAGAUUGUUGUAGGUCCAACACCAACACCAACACCAACACUAGCACCAACACUAGCACCAAUGCCGCCAGCUACAUCUCAGGAGGAAGCUAAUUCGGACUCAGGAGAGGCAAAUAGCAUCAAACUAAAGCUACCGAGGGCAAUGAUGAGGCCAGCGUCUUCUAAUGGCAGCAACUUGCUGAGAGAGAGAAACGCUGAACAAAGCGGUGGUGAACCACCAGUCGGUAAUGGUGGUUUCGUGCAGAGCAAUUCGGGUAGGGCAAGUGGAAGCAGAACUUCUGAUGAAAAGGAGAACAACACUCGUCGGAUCUAACCAGGAAACAAAGACGUUGCCUGAGGGAUGGAUUUGUAGCUUAGAUUUCUAAAUUUUGAAGUUUAAUCAGUGUUGUGACUUGUGAAAUUAACUUCGAUUUUCGAUUCCGGUUGUCGUGAAUCGUUUUGGUUCGAUUAAACCCAGGCACCA